UUAACACGCAAACGAAGCAGCAAAAGAGGGGGAAAAAAGGGGAGCCAACGCUCCAAGCCGCCUCCUCCGCAAGGGGAUAAAAGCCGCCCCCUCCCGGCAUCAUGCGCACAGAGCAGAGAAGAACGGCCACUCCGCAGUAGCCAAGCCACCCACGACCACGCCCACGCCGACGCCGACGGAACCGCCACUGCAAAACUGCCAGAACGUCCGCAGCGCUGAUGGCGUGUUGGCGGAAGAAGGUCGUGUUCCGGGCGCGCCGUGCGUGGGCCGCCGUCUCCGGCCGCCUCCUCCGCGGCAGCAAGUCCGGCAGCGGCGGGAUACUGAAGCUCCACGAGGACGUGCAGACCUGCGGGUACCAGGACGUGCAGGUCAUGUUCGACAUGCUCACCUCUGAGCUGGAGGCGGCGCACGCCCGCAACCGCAAGCAGCCUGCAUCACCGCCGACGGCGUGGUCCAGCCGCUUGUCGUUGUCCUCCGCCUGACCGAGGGCAGCACAGUAGACAAGACCAUUCGUUGCAGUGCAUGGCACUCACGAAGGACGUCACCAUGUUAAUUUUACAAGUUACUGCCUGUGCAUCAGGCGUCCAUCCCCCUGCUCUUCUUCUACCCGGCCAAAGAGCGAAAGACCGCCCUGUUGAUGGUGUGUAAAUAGAGGCGGUGUCUGAAGUUUUUGCCGGCCGCGAGGAAGAGGGAGGCAAGAGGGGUUUCAUUUCUAUUGCUGUCAUUUUCUUGUCAGAUUUUGCGCGGUUUUCACAUGUUGUGAAAUCGAGACUUGUUUGUUCGCAUAAUGUCAUUUUCA